AUGAACGGGAAGGAGCAGAAGGAAGCCCGCCGUGACCGCGACCGCGACUCGGGCCAUCGACCGUCGCCCCGGUUCCGGGGCCGCCCGGGUCGCGACAUGAGCUCCCCGGAUGAGGUGUAUAUAUGGGGAAUGCGUUUCGGCCCAAAGGGCAGGGAGCAGGCCGGCGUCUGCCCAGCCGGCCCUGCAGACCCACGGGGACCCGACCCAGGGUCCGAGCCUGGGGAUCCGCGGUGCGGCGAGGGGGCAGGAGGCUUCCCGGUCCCCGAGGGCUUCCAGUUGGAGCGGGAGGUGCUGGAAGCGCAAGUGCCGGUGCUGUGGGGCCGCGAAGGCCGACCUGGCUCCCCUGCUUACCACAAGAGGGACCUCCUGGACCUGAUCGAGGAGUCUGAGGAGGCCAACCUGCAGCAGCUGACCGACCAGGACUUGCUGGGCGUCCUCAUAUUCCCGUCCCCGGUGAGCUCCACCAACUUCGAAGUGUCCACCGUGUGGACACUGCGUCUCGAGGCGGUUCCCGGCGGUCGAGGAGCGCCCGGCCAGAGCUGUGGGGAGGCGUCGACGGCUCCAGCCGGCCCUCUCCACCUCGGUGGGCCUGAAGCGGGCCGGGCCUUGGGGAACCCUAAGAGAGGCACUAAGCGUAGGUUGAACGUGGCUGCGGAUCGCCAGCGGCGCUCCGCGGAAGGCCUGGCCUGGCUGCUGUCCGACUCCGAGUCCUCAGAUGAAUUCAGUGAGACACAGCUGAUGACGGUGAGCACUUACCGCAGAGGAGGAGGCCAGGCCAAGCCCAGCAGACCCGAGGAUCCCGGGGACACUCCCAGACACUCAAAGUUCCAAGUCAGGGAGAAUUACCGUCACGUGACAGGCUCUUCCCUGUCCUCGGCUCCGCGAGGACUCUCUUCGGUUGUGGAAAGGCAGGGCGUGGGAAAGCAGGGCAUCUCUUCCCCUAAGAAAAUGCAGAGCGUGCUGUGGGGCAAGGGGGGCAGCAAGCCCAGCUACCCGGGAGCUGCUGCUGCUGCUGCUGCUGCUGCUGCUUCUGUUUCUGCUGCUGCUCCAGGUGGCCUGCCGCAGGUCACUCCUAGGAAGAACGGAGCCCAGGAGAAGAAAUCCGUCGGGGAAGCGUCCAAACUUGCCCUGGGGGGAACCUUCCGUUCCCGGGGGCAGCGAAUCUCGGCAACUCCCGUGGAACCGGCCACCUUCCCCCCAAUCUCUGGUAUUCCGCUGCCUGGGAGACCCAAGAGUUAUACCUUGGUCCUUUCGGGAACCAAACAGUCCAAGCACAGUGGCGCUGGGAAGAAAUCCGUGGUCAGGUGGGCAAGGGAGUCUGAGGCGGUGGCGGGAGAAGAUAAGGACCCAAAUAGAGACCCAGCCCCAAAGGGCCAACUGCUCACUCACAGGCCAGGGACAUCUUGUCUGCGCAUGCAUCGUAGAAAAGCCAGCAGUGGCGACGUCAACACCAGAGGCCCCCAAGAUCCAGGAAACUCAGAACCCUUGGCCCUGAACCAGGAAGAAGUCAUGCCCAGGGGGCCUGCCCCCUCAGGUGACCGGGGGCCACUUGACCAUCCCCCAAGACCGGAAACGCAGCAGCAGCCACUGGGAACGCCCUGCUGUCCUUGGUGUCUCGAGCUAAAGAGAGAAGUAGACGAACUUAAGGAGCAACUUGCCGCCAUGCAGUACCUGGCUGACAAGUUGCAGACCCUUUGAAGUUGAGCCCAGCGUCUUCCUGCAAGAGGAGCAGCUGGUACCUUUGGGGCCCUGGAGCUGUGGCCAAGCUCGUUCCCUCCUGUUCUGCCUCAGCUAGGGCUUCCUCUCCCCCUUGUUUUGCC